AUGGAUACUUUCAUGGAGUUUUAUUUUGACGAAGUUUUCAACAAUUUGGAUCGUGACUGUUUGAGUGAGAGGUUUAAACGGAGAGAACUCGUCGAAUAUUUCAAUUCUGUCAUUGCUGGAUGUGCUAAAGGUCAAGAGAAAACCGAUGACGCGACCUGCAAGAACUUCGUGUUAUCAGCUCUAAGAUAUCACAACAGCUGUAAGUCUAACAAUGGGGACGUCUGCCUGAUGGGGAAGUACCAUAACCUGCUGUACAUUGCCAUGAAGUUAGCCUUUGACUGGAGUCUCCAAGACAAUGGGGUUGUGGCCGCUUUGCUGGAUGAGAUGUAUUUCUGUGAGAAGACCUUCGAGAGGAUAUUUCUGGGGGCAAUAUUUGGGACAUCGGCACCUCAUUUCUUGGCCGGUUGGAAAUCUGACUUUAUAGAUAAAGAAGAGAAUAUACAUGCACUGGUUUUCUUCUUAGAUCACGCUACCAACGCCAACUUGGAAUAUAAAGAAGGGGACAAGACGUACAGGUUUAUAGAUGUCCCUUUAGAAAGUUGUGGCAUGGCAUCGCCUGUGCGAGUCGUCAUACAAAUGGGAGCAGCAGAAAUGCUAAUGAUUUUACUCAGAUUUGGAGCAAGAAUUACAGUACAAGACAACAUUGCUACCAAUCCUGUUGAAUCUAUACUAGACAGGCUUAAAGAAUAUAAUAGAAAAUAUCCGUACGAACUUGUUACAUGCCUCAAAUUAGCUUUAAGAGCGGUGCCUCAUGUAAAUUUUACAGUGAACAAGAAACAAUAUCAGGAUUUAGAAUUGCCUGACGAUUACAACUAUCAAAGGAAAGUUGCUUUGGAGAAGUAUGGGGAAAUAUUACAAGAUCAUCUAGUACCUACUUCUAGAUGUGGCCUAAAACCCGUGGAGUUGAAACACCUCUGUAGAUGUCAAGUAAGACAGAUGCUAUGGAGUAAUUUUGAACUGCCGUUUGGGAUACCAAAACUGCCUAUUCCUGUAUCGCUGCAAAGGUAUUUAGAUUUGUUUGAAGAUUAA